AUGUUCCCACCAUGUUCCCACUGCCGCGGUUCACUCCUGCAUUUUUAUGCCCAGCCGCUAAUUAGUGCAAGUUCAACGGCAUCGUCGCACAGGCCCCGGGCUGAACGAGGAACCAAAGCACGAUCACCAAAGGAAUCGCAACAAGAACGAAUGCCUUCUGCUGCCUUUUUGUCACGCAAAAAUGGAGAAAAUACCACCAGUUUUAAUGGAAAGGGUCUGCGGGCGCAGACUCCUUUCAUUACUGGCCUGGCUGAGUACGGACUUUCAGGUCCACUCAUAGUUCUUGUCCGGAAUUGA